AUGGAUUUUCACGAGAAGCUGAAGAAGGUGGAAAAGUUUGCUCACUCGAAAUGGAACAGUCCAAAACAAAAAACAUUGGACAACACAGUCACCCAAACAAUAUACAGUGAGCUAUCCGCUGAACCUCCAGUGCCGAGAGCUUAUCUGGAUGUGUUGGUGAGAACCAAGUAUGUACAGAAUUGGCUCUGGAGAUACUUCCACAGAGACAUUUCCGAAUCGCAUUUGUUGUCGUUGGUGAUACUUGCAAACUACCAUCCACAGUUACUGGUUGUACUGUUAGAUGAUAAGGUAAAAACAAGGGAACUGCUCGCUCGAUUAAUUUCCCAGUACAAUUCCACAAAUUCAAUCAAUUCAAAAGUUCUUAUUUUGGGGUUUUGGUCCAAUGUGGUGAGUUUUCCAUCGAAUUCAGUUCCAUGGGAUGAGAUCUUUGGAGUACUGGCUCUUGAUGACUUAGAGUAUCAUUCUACUGUGUACGAGAAGGAGCUUGAAGAAGCCAAAAUACAGUUUGAGAGUCUAGGAGAUGACGAAAAGGGUGAUUCUUACAUGCUCAAAGGUUGGAUGUACACCAUCAUAGAAAUCGCAUACCAUGAGACAGUCUCUCUUACUGAUAAGAGGUUGAGACGGGCUCUGUUUGUGUUUUUGUUGGACAGUUUGUCAAAUAAAAGGUGUACUUAUCUUAGCACUCUGCUUUUUGAAACGAACAUUGCCAAUCUAAGAUGGUGUGGUGAAGUCAUGAGAAAAGAUUCAGAGCUUAUUGCUCUGUACGAUGAUCUGAUAUACGGACUCAGUCAUUUCAAAAGUCCCCGUGAUCAACUCCUCAACAUCCAAAAACUUGCCAUCCAGGGAAAUUUUGACAAAAAACUGGAUUUUGUGCUGGACACAAAUGAUCCAGAGAUGAUAAACGAAUCAAGUCUUUCUAAGCUUACUGAAGGAGAGUUAAAAGAACUGAGUGUCCAGUGCCGCACGAGUUCAAAAUUAUUUGACUCGAUGGAUACAAGGAAAGGUUUAAUGAUUGCAUUGUUACCACAAAAUGCUAGAGAUCGUCUAUACGAUUUGAGAAUAUUACCCACUUCGUCCUUGAUAUACCCUGAGAGCGCUCUCUCCUCGAACAAAUGCUACUUUAGCAAAGAGGAUCUGUUUUAUCGCAAGUUUCUCUCCGAGAAAGCAAAUUUCUACUCUGAGAUCAGCUCUUAUCUGGCAAAGAUAAUUGGGAAGCCUGCGGGAAAGUCAAUCAUUAAUUUGAUUUCAGAGGUUGAAGUCCAAAGAACAUCUCGUCCUAUCAUAGACUCCGAGACCAAUUUGAGCGUGAUUCUAGAAAUAAUCUUGGAGAAAGGCAAUUACGACACUUUGGAUGUCAAAGGGAAUUCUUUGAAGGGUUCACCUGUUUUACUACUGGCUGAGUCUGGGGGUGCAGCUAGCAUAGCCUUGGGAGGAGAGCUGAUUUCUGUGCAGAGAGAGAAGUCCAAGCGCAAAAUCAAAGUCAGUGUUGGUUCAGAUGUUGAUGAUGAGUUCGUGAAGAAUUUGCAUCUCGUUACAAGACUUCCCAAAGCUUUGAAAUCAAAAUUUGAAGAUCUCAAGAGCAUAAAGUAUUCAUUUCAGCAUUCUGAAACUGUUGCCAUUCCUGAUUGGAUUGCUGACACAAUUCUGGGAGCAGAGAAUGCCAGGCCUGUGCCUGGACCCUCUGUGUUUAAGUUUGGUUCCGUUUUUGAAUCUUAUCCUGAACUGGAAAAGUCGCUUGCUUCUUGGGAAGUUACGCUGGAGACGCAGGAGCAACAACCGGGACAGAAAAAACGAAAAGGAGCCAAAUUCGAGGGAAAUUCCACUGCUGAAUCGCCUUUUCUGGUAAGAAUUGGAAAGAGUAAAGCAAAGGUUGUUCCAUAUGAAUCGAUUGCGGGCUUCAAGAAUGAUCUGGAGUUGACGUUGAGUUCUGCCCAGACUGACGCUAUGGUUAGCAUUCUAAAAGAUGGACUUGUUUCUAUUGAAGGCCUUCCAGGAACUGGCAAGAAUUCGGUGUUGGCUUCUGCAAUUUCAAUUAUCAGUUCUUCUUUCCCCAAAGAACGGGUCUUGAUUAUUGGUCGUUCGAACGGGUUGCUAGAAAAGAUUUCGUCUAGCCUCGAAUCUUGUGGACUAACCAUAUUGAAUUUGUGCAAGGCUAGUAACCCUCAGCUGCCAUCUUUGUUGGAGCAAGUUGACCAUUUAGCAGAAAGUUUGGGCAUAGUCGGAGAGUAUGGCAAUGAUCCAACUUCCGCCGCCGCUCUUCUGGAAGAGAUCGAAAGAAGGUGGACAAGAUUCCUGGAAACUGUGCACAGCCGGGGCAUUUCUAACGAGGUGAUUAGUGAGGAGUAUCCCUUCGUUUAUGAAUUCGAUCCCUCUGUGGAGGCUCGCAAGAAUAUGCUGCUUGCCAUAUCGAACUACAAUGAGACCAUUGAUUUGUUCCGAAGGGUGGAACAGUCCAAAUUUGAGAAUCUUCCAAGUGACUCAGAAACCUUGAGAGCUAAUGUUAAGCUAAUAGCCUCUGCCAAUGUUGUGAUCAUGAGGCAGUCCCAUUUGACCGCGCAUAUAGAAAACAAUAUCAAAUUCAGGUUUGACUCGUUGUUCAUGCUUUCGUCCGAGUCGUUAGAAGAAGUCGAUUUUGCAAGGUGCUUCUCAGUAUUGAGUUCACAAGCACUGUUGAAAAGAGUUGUGUUUGUUGGUACAGGGUUGAGACAUGAUGAUUCGGCUCUGAUUGUCGAUAGAAUGGACAAGUUCAAGGGUGUGAAGAAGAUGAAUCUACUCGAGCAGUAUGUGCAAAGUGGAGAGAUCGGCCGUUUGAUCGGCUAUUCAAAGGACCAAACUAAGUCCUUAAUGACGACCAAUCACUUCAAUCCAGGAUUCGCCCAAAUCUGCCAACUUAUUGAUGUUGCGGAAUACAACGGGAGAUCGCCAGUUUCCGAGCUGAGCCCAGGCGUCUUUCAGAACGUCGCGGAAGCGGAAUACGCGGUUGCCAUUUACACGUAUAUGGCAUUGCUCAAUUAUCCAUUGAACCAAAUCACCAUAUUGACCUCCUCGAAUGCGCAGAAGAGCCUGAUAGAUGAGGUAGCCAGCGUAAGACUGGGCGAUCAAAAUAUCGCACUUCCAGAAGUUGCUACUACUUACGAGUUUGAGGGACAACAACAAAAUUAUGUGAUAGUAUCGUGUGUUCAUGGAGACCUAUUGCAAUCGCGGAUGGAGCUGGAGCGCCUAAUUGCAAGUUCCGGAUUGGGACUCUACAUACUGGGUGACUUCGAGAGGCUUAGGUCUACUGAAGGUAUACGUCUAGAACAAACCGCGGCAGAAACAAACCUCAAAUUGGUUGAGGGUGAAAAGCAUGGAGAGGAGAGACAGGUUAAGAGAAAGGCUCUUGUCAUGAAGGAUUUGGCUCAAUUUGGAAAGCUCGUCCACGAUAUGUUAGCCUCGAAAAUAGACUAG